GACGAGCAGGAAGAAGGGGGUGGGGAAGAAGAGGAGUCGAGCAGAGAGAGCUGCUUUUUCGUGAAAUGGGAGUAAAGUAGUGAACUUGGAGGAGAGAAACAAAUUAAAGUGUCGAUCAUAUACCACUACCAACGUCUGGAUCGAUACGUGCAUCGAUCUGCCCACCCUUGUCUCCUGGAUCGUAGCUGAGAUCAGCGUGAACCACGUGGGUCUCUGCUCCUUGAUCUGUUUCCUGUGUUUGGAAAGAGUUCCAGCUUCAUCACGGAGUUUCUCUCGGUUUGUGGGCUCAUCUAAAGCUGAGUAACAGGACGAGAAGAGUCUGGUGGAGCAGCAGAGGAACAAUUUCGGCUAUUUGGACUCAGCUCAGCCACUACAGAGGAAACAAUGACUUCAACACAAAAGGACCAACAUGGAGCGAGAAGUCAGCGCUCUCAGGAGGCCGACAAACCUCACAGAAGAAGGGGAGAGAAAAAAUACAGCUGUGAUGAGUGUGGAAAGGAUUUUACUCAUCUUGGAAACUUUAAAACACACCAACUCGUCCACAGUGGAGAUAAACCGUACAGAUGUGGCUUGUGUGGAAAACUUUUUACCCAGAAAGGACACCUAAAAUCACACCAGCUCAUCCACAGUGGAGUUAAACCAUACAGCUGUGACUUGUGUGGAAAGUCUUUUACCCACCCUUCAAGCUUAAAAACACACCAAGUCAUCCACAGUGGAGUUAAACCAUACAGCUGUGAGUUGUGUGGUAAAGCUUUUACUUGCAGUGGUAACUUACAGCGUCAUCAACUCAUCCACUCUGGAAUCAAGACACACAGCUGUGGUCAAUGUGGUAAAGCUUUUGCUCAGAGUAGCACCUUACGACGUCACCAAGUUACUCACUCUGGAUUUAAACCGUACAGCUGCGACUUGUGUGGAAAGUCUUUUAACGAUCCUGCAAACUUGAAAAAACACCAACUCAUCCACAGUGGAGUUAAAUCGUACAUAUGUGAUCCUGAGAAAGCUGAGCCACCUGUGGAAAAAGCAGAAAAAUGUGUGUCUGAUAGCCUGCUACCUGCUACACCGGACCUGUCUUUUGAGGACCAACAUGGAGCGAGAAGUCAGCGCUCUCAGGAGGCCGACAAACCUCACAGAAGAAAGGGACAGAAAAGAUACAACUGUGAUAAGUGUGGGAAGAAUUUUACCCAUCUUGGAAACUUUAAAGCACACCAACUCGUCCACAGUGGAGAUAAACCGUACAGCUGUGAGUUGUGUGGAAAACUUUUUACCCAGAAAGGACACCUAAAAUCACACCAGCUCAUCCACAGUGGAGUUAAACCAUACAGCUGUGACUUGUGUGGAAAGUCUUUUACCCACCCUGCAAGCUUAAAAACACACCAAGUCAUCCACAGUGGAGUUAAACCAUACAGCUGUGAGUUGUGUGGAAAGUCUUUUACCCACCCUUCAAGCUUAAAAACACACCAAGUCAUCCACAGUGGAGUUAAACCAUACAGCUGUGAGUUGUGUGGUAAAGCUUUUACUUGCAGUGGUAACUUACAGCGUCAUCAACUCAUCCACUCUGGAAUCAAGACACACAGCUGUGGUCAAUGUGGUAAAGCUUUUGCUCAGAGUAGCACCUUACGACGUCACCAAGUUACUCACUCUGGAUUUAAACCGUACAGCUGCGACUUGUGUGGAAAGUCUUUUAACGAUCCUGCAAACUUGAAAAAACACCAACUCAUCCACAGUGGAGUUAAAGUGUACAUAUGUGAUCCUGAGAAAGCUGAGCCACCUGUGGAAAAAGCAGAAAAAUGUGUGUCUGAUAGCCUGCUACCUGCUACACCGGACCUGUCUUUUGAGGUAAGCAAAGCAGAUUUUGUCCAUGUGCAACAGAAUGAUCCAACUCUGGCCAAAUGUUUACUUGCUGUAAAUUCCAACGAGUAAACCCCCCAUGUUUACAGCAUUGACAACAACGUGUUAAUGCGUAAAUGGCACCCUCCCUCAUCGAGUGAUCUUGGGUGGAAUGUAGGUAACUAGGUACUGCCGCUCCUGUCACCUUUAUCAGGUCAGUGUAAAACCAACCAAGUUAUUCCUCCCGCUCCAUUGCAUCUGAUCCGGGCUUUAAGGGAACCAUUUGAGCACAUACUCAUUGAUUGUGUAGGACCGCUUCCCAAAAACAAAGUCAGGACGUCAGUAUAUUUUAACUUUGAUGUGCGCCGCCACACGCUUCCCCGAGGCUAUUCCGUUCCACACUGUUAAAGUCAAAGCUGUUGUCAGAGUGCAAGUGAACUUUUUCUCCGCUUUCGGUUUGCCAAAAUCUGUUCAAACGGACCGAGGGUCAAACUUCAUAUCCAAAAUUUUCACUCAGCUCUUGAAAUCGCUUGGCAUAAAGCAUUAAAAAUCCAGUGUGUAUCAUCCCGAAUCACAGGGCGUGCUCAAGGGUUUCCAUCAAACAUUAAAAGCUAUGAUGAGAAAGUUCUGCGUCGAGUCAGGAAGAGAGUGGGAUGAGGGUCUGCCUCUUCUCCUUCUAUUGGUGAGAGAGCGUGUGCAGGAGUCCACGGGUUUCAGUCCCGCAGAUCUGGUGUUUGAACACACAGUGCGUGUCCCCGCAACUGCUCAAAGAGAUUUUCUCUCCAGACAAAGUUCUGUGGGUCCUACAUUGUCCAAGAGAAACUGAGUGACACAGAUUCUGUUAUAGGCACCCCAGACUGUAGAAGAAAGCGUCAUGUGGCUUCAUCUCGUCAACCUGAUGAAGCCUUAUUUUUUCGCGAGGCAGGUGUAAACCCCUCUUCGUCCCCUGCUGCACCAUCAGCCUUGCCUGUAGUUGUGUCAGCGGCCCCAUCUCAGUAUAAUCCAGAAAGUGAUGGCUUAGUUUUCGUUUGUGCUGAGGGUUGCUCCCGACUCAGAAACUCUGAAAUAUUAGUGAAUUUAAAAUACCACCUAAAACAUUUGGAUGAUGCUGCCCAGAAUGAUUUGUGCUCUCUGAUCAAAAAUCACCCAUCCCUGAUUGCUGACACUCCACCUCGCACCACUGUCAUGAACAUGACGUAGAUGUAGGUGACCAUCCUCAGAUCAAACAACACGCUUGUCGUGUGAACCCUACUAUUAAAUCUUGUUCUUUUUAUUCUUUUACUGGACAGAGAGAACACGACUCAGUUGUCAAAGUAUUUAUAAUUAUUUUAUUCAAUCAUUACUUUUCGGAAAGGGAUGUGCACCAGGCCAAACCCUCUGCAGAUCUAAAACAUUACAAGAAUAUCACCUAUGUUAUAAUCCGCUUGCUCCUUCCCUACUAAACCGUCCCUUGAUCUAUUUCAAUACUACAUGUCUACCCUAUAGCUGCAAAACUGUCUGCAUCCUCGCUCCUCGUGUUAUUUUAGUAACCCUACUUGAUCUGUGUGUGUGCAUUGCUUAGUUCCGCUUUUCUGUACUUCCUGUUCUUCACAGUUUCCUGUUUUUGCACAGUAUUUCAGUCUGGCUAAGCAAUUGGUUUGUGAGUCAAAGCUGGCCUGUUAUUAAAAUACAUAAACAAAAUAAUCAAAUAAGCACUAAGAAAACAUAUAUGUUCCUCAAUACCUACCAAAUGCGCACUUUUUCAGCAAGAAGUUUCCUACUUGCUAAAAAAUGGUCUAGCUGUCCCGAGUUCUAGUACAUGGAGUGCCUUCUCAUGCCGAAGGAAGACAAAACCCCAUGUUUCUGUACAGAUUUUCAAAAAGUAAACAGUGUGACCAAACCAGACUCCUAUCCUCUCCCCCGAAUGGAAGAUUGUGUUGAUAGGGUUUGCUCUGCAAAGUUUGUCACUUGAUUUAUUAAAGGGUUAUUGGCAAGUUCCCCUCACUCCACACGCAUCAGUUCCGCCUUCGUCACUCCCAAUCACUUUCUCCAAUAUAUAUCGUCAUGCCUUUUGCCAUUCGAAAUGCCCCUGCCACAUUCCAACACCUUCACUAGAUAAGCCACUGUGGCUUAUCUAGUGAAGCAGGUGGGUCAGGGUCAGGUGCGCCCCCUCCUGGCCAAAAUUCAGGCUGUCCUACAUUUCCCUCUGCCUCGCACUAGAUGUGAGAUUCGCCGUGUUCUCGGAAUGGCCGGCUACUAUCGUGGUUUCUGCAAAAAUUUUGCUGAUGUAGUUGCACCUCUCACCAGUCUCACUAGUGUGUCAAAACCAUUAGUGUGGUCAUCCACAUGCCAGAAUGCAUUUCAGUCUGCCAAAGUUCAGAACACCAGUCUUUGCCACUCUUGAUUUUAUGCGUCCUUUCAAACUAGAGGUGGAUGCCAGCGCCAGCUGUGCAGGUGAGGUGCUGUUGCAGAAGGAUGAGCAGGGUGUUGAUCAUCCAAUCGGUUACUUUUUAAGGAAAUUCAACAUUCACCAGCAAAAUUACAGUACCAUAGAUAAAGAUGCUCUUUCCCUGUUGCUUGCACUGCCACAUUUUGGUUCAUUUUGGCGCUACAACAUAUAUAGGUUGUAGUUCAUCGCCUGUCAUUGUCUACACCGAUCACAAGCCCUUUGUGUUUUUGACUAGAAUACAAAAUUCCAACUAGAGGCUCAUGAGAUGGUAACUCCUAGUACAGGAUUUUAAUUUGGAGAUCCAUCACAAAAAAGGAACCGAGAAUGUGACAGCAGAUGCACUGUCGAGUGGUUUUCUCCAUUCCUAAGUGCCAAACAUCCGUAGGGGAGAUGUUUGGUCUUGGGAAGGGCAGUGUUACGGCCCUGGCCAGCUGUAUAUUUUGUGGUGUUUUAUGUCUUUAAGAAUCUACAGAUCCUUCCUGAUUGGAGAGCUGACGGCGGCUGAUUGGUCCCCUGAUCAUGUGGCUGUUUUUAAAAGAUGCCUCACCAGCAGUUGUCGGCGGCAGCGCCUGACAGCAGCAGACCUGACCCUGGCUUCCAAACCUUGUGUUACCCGUGUGUGGCUCCUGAGAUUUACUGAGUUUUUGUAUAUAGUGUGUAAAUUAAUUAACUUGUAAAUGGACACUGAAACAGAAGGGGUGAGCUGCCUUAAUAUUUUCUUGUGCUGUUUUCUCCUGUUCAUUUCAGUUAGGGAGUUAGGUGUAGCCUGUGUCUUUUGUUUGGUUUUUGUUUCACAUAGGGCAGGGGUCUGCAACCUUUAACACCCAAAGAGCCAUUUGGACACGAUUUCCACGCAAAA